CCCACACUUUUCUUCCCAUACGAAACAAACCAACAACAAUGACAUCUCCUACUUUCCCUCACAUUUCCCUCUCUUCUCUUUUCCUUCUCCUCCUCCUCCCACUUUUAUCAUCUGCGUCGAACCCCGCCAGCGACCGCCUUCACUUGCCUUCCCCCACCCUCUCCGCGAAACGCCAAGCGGAGAAGUUCAUCAGAGCCCUCAACUUGUUCCCAAAGCAUGAUAUCAACAGUUUACCCCACAGGCCUUUAUUGGAUGCUGAGAGUGAUGCUGGUGCUAAGAUUGUCGAGAAGCAGUUCCAAAUGCCCUUUCUUGACGCCGCUUUGGGUCCUUCUGUUAAAGAGCUUGGUCACCACGCCGGCUACUACCGCCUUCCCCACUCGAACGCUGCAAGGAUGUUCUACUUAUUUUUCGAAUCGAGGACCAACAAGAACAAUCCUGUUGUGAUAUGGCUGACUGGAGGGCCGGGAUGCAGCAGUGAACUGGCUUUGUUUUAUGAAAAUGGUCCCUUCCGCAUUCAAAAGAACUUGUCACUCACUUGGAAUGACUACGGCUGGGACAAGGCAUCGAACAUUCUUUUCGUUGACCAACCCGUUGGAACUGGUUUCAGCUAUAGUACAAAUUCGGAUGACAUUCGUCACAACGAAGAAGGCGUUAGCAACGAUUUAUACGACUUUCUUCAGGAAUUUUUCACUCAACAUCCUCAAUUUGCUAAAAAUGAUUUCUACAUUACCGGAGAGUCAUAUGCUGGGCACUACGUUCCCGCGCUUGCUUCUCGGGUUCACAAAGGAAACAAAGCAAAGGAAGGGACUCACAUAAACCUCAAGGGUUUCGCCAUAGGGAAUGGGUUGACCAAUCCAGAAAUCCAGUACAAGGCAUACAGUGAUUAUGCACUGGAAAUGAAGUUGAUUACAAAACCUGACUACGACAGUAUAUCACAGAUAAUUCCAGACUGCGAAGAGUCAGCUAAGACUUGCGCCGCCUCUACGACUGGAGACGCUUGUGAGAAUUCAUUUACUAUUUGCAACAGCAUAGUUAACCAGAUAAUGCAUAGACUUGGUGAUACAAAUCACUAUGAUAUUAGGAAGAAAUGUGAAGGGAGCUUUUGCUAUGACUUCUCGAACAUGGAGACAUUCUUGAACAAGCAACUGGUUAGGGAUGCCCUAGGAGUUGGGGACAUCGAAUUUGUUUCAUGCAGCACUACGGUAUAUGAUGCUAUGCAGAAUGACUGGAUGAGAAAUCUGGAAGUGGGAAUUCCUGCCCUUCUUGAAGAUGGAAUAAAGCUGCUUGUAUAUGCUGGGGAGUACGAUUUCAUCUGCAAUUGGCUUGGGAAUUCAAAGUGGGUUCAUGCCAUGGAAUGGUCUGGUCAGAAAGCAUUUGGAGCUGCAGAAACUGUUCCAUUUAAGGUUGCGGGUGCAGAUGCCGGACUGCUAAAAAGCCAUGGACCUCUGGCUUUCCUCAAGGUUCAUGAUGCUGGUCACAUGGUUCCAAUGGAUCAACCAGAAGCUGCAUUACAGAUGCUUACAAACUGGAUGCAAGGAAAUCUGGCUGUGGCCGAGUCAGGCAAAAGAGUUGCCCCAGCUGAUACCCUCAAUCCUAGCCUGCCACCACGCGGUUUCUAACCCGGUGUCUGUUGGGCAGGCAGAAUUAUGAAAUACUUGUUCAUAACUAUAGUUACCAUGUUUGCUUUGAC